AUGCGAGCAUCAAAAAACCAAUGGGCAAUUUCUCCUGAGACAAUUAUGUCCCAUCAUUUUCGACUAACAAAAGGAAUAUCACAUGUCGUCGAUGCAACACCCCCAUAUUCAAUGUUUAAUAGUCCAAUUAGUGUACAUUACCAACCGAAACGAGCGUCUUCGGCGGACCCAUUCAAACGGAAAUCGUUAAGUAAAUCUCAACGAGAACUGAAUGAUUUCGUUUAUGGAAGAAACGGAGGAGAUCCACAUGGUCUACGAUUGCCACUUCCUAUUCGGUCAAGUCUGACGGAUUUGGUAAAACCGAAACUGUUGGAAAAUAGGAAUUACCAGCCGCCAAGGAGGAAGCCACCUCAGAAAGAUCGUCACGAGCUGGAAAUGGAAGAAUUGAGGAAUCGAGAGAGAUUGCAAAGACUCGAAGAGUUCAGACAAUCAGUUUUGAAUGAAUUGAUUGAUAAUCCAACGAACUCGGAUCAAAUGAUCAUGUCAUGUAUUGAAAUUCAUAUGGAGCGGUUUGCCGGAACUGUUUCAUGGAAUGAAUUGGAAGAAGCCUCUCAAGAGUUAAUGAUUAAUAUUGGAGUGGAUCCAACUAUGAUGAAAAGCAAUAGGCGUUCUUCUAAAAAUCGACAACGAGAUAGGCGAAGUCAUAAACCACCGCGACCAUUCCGAGUAGAACCGAUAGCCAGCCCAAAUAGUCUGGAGUCUCUGUCAUCGCCCUCGUCCAGCUCGUCAAAAUUUUUUUCAGAACUUCUUCAUCCUCUUCGCCAUUCUCAUCCUCAUCCUCGGUUGAAACCAAAUCCACUUUCCAUGGGUUUAAAAGCCAUUAUUAUGGCCGCCCUGGUGGUAACGGUCCACGGACAGUGUCAGCAUUAUCAGGAGCAUGCAGAUGUGCUCCAUCAGUUUAUGAGCCAGUUGCGAUUAUCUGUCAAAACGCAGGUCGAUUCUCUCACCAUUUUGGAUACUGCCAUCCCAACGAUUCCAGCGAAUGCUUUCCAAAGUUUUACCAUCCUCCGUCUUGUUCUCAAUAGAAACACCCUCCAGAACAUUGAUGAUCAGGCAUUUAACGGUCCACUUCUUGAUUCUUUGAUCGAGCUUGACCUGAAUGACAACAAUCUUGGUCAGAUCCCACAGACAGGAAUUCCACGUCUUCGUAAUCUUCGCAAGCUUUACCUCAACCGUAACAGAAUCAAUCAACUUUCCUCAACUGCUUUCAAUGCUUUUGAGUCACGGGAUUUGUUGUUGAAGCUGGAAUUGGCUGGAAAUAGAUUGACUGAUGCCACACUAGGAGAUGCCACCGUCUUCAGACCAUUGACUCUUCUACAGGAACUUUCGCUCGAAACCAACUCUCUUACUUCGAUUCCCUCGUCGGCUCUUGUUAAUCAGCGUAACACUUUGACUAACUUGAAUCUUGGACUCAACUCGAUCAACGAUGUUCCAGUUGGAGCUCUUGAUUUUCCAGUUCUCUCUUCUCUUUCUCUCGAAUUCAACGGAAUCACUGUGAUUCCACCACAAGCAUUCCAAGGAGUUCCAAAUCUUCAAUUCCUCUACAUGACUGGAAACAAAUUCCCAUCAUGGGCUCCAGAAAUGUUCCGUUAUAUCACCCAAUUGAAGACUCUUGGUAUUGGUGAGACUCCGAUCUCCGUCAUCCCAAAUAAUGCUUUCAUGCACAUUCCAAACCUGAUUCGUCUGGAAAUGUCCGAAGCUGCCGUUGACACAAUUGAGAGAGGAGCAUUUCAAAGAACUCCACAGAUUCAAGCUAUCGUUCUCAACAAGAACAGACUUUCACAAGUACGCGCGGACUUCUUCGAAGGCCUCAACGACCUCUACUCGAUCGAUUUGCAAGGAAACCGAAUCGACAAUGUUCAACCAUUGGGAUUCGCCAACUUGCCAUCCAUCUCUCAUUUGGAUAUAAGUUACAACCUUCUGCAAACGAUGCCUUCCGAUGUUUUCCUCAACUCUUUCCUCCCACAGCCAAACGAUCGAAGAGUCAUCUAUGCCUGUGGAAACCCAUGGUACUGUAACAGCGAAUUGGAAUGGUUCCGCACACUGCUCCGUGAUAAUCUUGACAUUGAUGUCGAGAAGCCAGGAUGCUUAGCUGUCUGUCAAUCAUCACCAAAUGGAUGCCCAGUCGAGGGAACUCCACUCAGAUCUGUCGAUUUCUGUCAAAAUAACGAAGAAGCACAACCACUCGUGGGACGAGCACUCUCAAUGGUCGGAUGGAUUAUUCUUGCGGUUAUCAUGACAAUCUUACUUAUCUCGAUUUGUCUGUUGGCAAUGGUUCGUUACGGAAUGAGUCAUCAGAGAAAGAAGCAAAAGGAUGCCGAAGUCGCUGCCGAGGAGUAUCAUGCUCAGACGACAGCCACCUCGAUUUACAACGCACCAAUCUCUGUAGUGGACAGGCCAUACUCGACAGUACCUCCAGUAAAUCUGGAUCUUCCAGCUGCCUAUACACUCGACGAUCGGCCGAACAACUACCUUUAUUAA